AUGGAACUAAAAAUCACAGCGACCUCUCUGACGCUGACCACUCAAAGCUCACAUUCGCACAAAUGGCAAGUCUUUUACAGAAAGUGUGUGGUGAUGGUGGUGGUGGCGAAGGAGAAUGUUCCACCUCAGUGUCUUUCUCUGGGUACCCUGUGGGCUGUGGUUUAUUCUGUAAAGGGGACAAAACGCUAA